UUAAUAACCCCAACUCUCUCCUCCUCUGACGUCUCCCAUUCCUAAUUUCUAUGUAUAUUUUGUGUUGUCCUUCUUCCCUUUGGCAACAAUGCCUUACAAAAGCAGAGCAUUAAUAUUACUCCUCCUAGUAUAUAAUAGACGUAUAGUAUUAAUACCGUUGAACAUUCAACUUCAAAUCAACCCUUGCCUUCGCUACCUAAUUACUCCUCUAUAAUCGCCUCUUUCUGUUCGUAAAUUAGAAAUGAAUCGUCUAGCCACAUUAUCAGAAGAGCCAUUCAACGAAGAAGAAACUCGAAAAUUGUCAAAAAAAAGUCAUGCAUGGAAGAAUUGGGUUAAAAACCUUUUCUUUAGCAAAAAAUCUGAUCUUAAAAUUCUUUUGAGUGUUCUUGCUUGUCCUCUUUUUCCAGUCUCUCUCCAACCAAUUCAAUCCGUUCUUCAGGUAUGUUCAUCAUCACAAUAUAUAUUAGAGCAGUUCAAAGCAGCAACAGGUUGCAAAAAGCUGGAAAAAAUGGUGGUGAAGAACAUAUUCGCGACAGGGAAAGUGAGCAUGACAAUGCUAGAAGAGCCGAGCUUAAGCGGCUCGUCAGCGGUGGUGGUUGCGGCUGGAGCCACUCACAAAGGUUGCUUUGUAAUGUGGGAGAUGCUGCCUAACAAGUGGUCAAUUGAGCUUGUGGUUGGUGGUCAUAAAGUCCUUGCUGGUAGUGAUGGCAAUGUGGCUUGGCGUUAUACUCCGUGGCUCGGCUCACACCCGGCUAAAGGCGGUGUUCGGCCCCUCCGCCGUGCCCUUCAGGGUCUAGAUCCGAUGGCAAUAUCUGAAGCAUUUAGUGUAGCUCAGUACAUGGGAGAGAAAGAGAUGAUGGGUGUGGAUUGUUUUGUCCUGAAGUUGUCUGCUGAACAAAAUGAUCUUGCUGAUCGGAGUGACAACACAGCCGAGACAAUCAAGCAUGUUACUUUUGGCUACUUUAGUCAAAAGAAUGGAUUGCUUGUUUACUUAGAAGACUCCUAUUUGACAAGAAUACAGUCACCAGGUGGAUGUCCUCGAUAUUGGGAGACCACAAUGGGUUCUAAAAUUGAAGACUAUCGGACAGUUGAUGGUGUGAUGAUCGCACAUUCCGGUCAAACCCAUGCAAUCAUCACUCGUUUUGGGGAUAAUCUUAAGUCCGGUCCUACAAUCUUACGGAUGGAGGAAACUUGGAUGAUCGAUGACUUUGCCUUUAAUGUGCAAGGCCUUUCUAUGGAUUGCUUUAUUCUUCCUCAAGAUGUCAAGAGCAAUUCUUUAGAGGAGAAGCUCAAACAAACUCCCUUAUUCCCACUUGAUCGAUGAUGGAAAAACUUCCGCAACUACUAACAACCUUCAAUUCAUCAGGGGAAGGUUUACACAUUAACAGACCUUGGAAUUAUGGAAUUUUAGCCUUUGUUUUUUUGGGAAUUUUGUAUAUAUAAUUGCCUAUAUAUGAACCACCAGUAAAUAAACUACUCCCUACUUGUAACAAGAAAUGAGUAUAUCUGUAUAUGGGUAAUGGUAACCCAUAUUAGCCAUUUAAUUCUGUAAGCAGUGGGAGCAUAUAAUAGUUGCUUCCUUAUGUACUCAUAUCUGAAUUUGGAAAUGUUAUCUGAAUUUGGAAAUCUUUUGGAUAUUUUCAAUUGUCAUACGUUUCUUCCUCUUGUACCA